AUGAGCAAAAUUAUAAUGUCUAAAGCCACAAACGCCAGCAAAAAUAAAAUGAAAGACAAAGAGUGGGUGCGAAUAGCCGAGCAGUUUAAUGCUACAGCAACAAGUUUUCGUCGGACACCACAACAGCUUCGGCUAAAAUGGGAGAAUUUAAAGUUGAGUGCACGUAAACGUUGCACUAAAAUAAAAAUGAACAGCAUAAAAACUGGCAGUGGUGUUGGUGAGUAUAUAACCCCAGACGAAAUACUGGAACGUGUUACCAGCUUAUUGGGAAAUACAGCCAGUGGAUUAGUUGUUCCUUAUGGGGGAGAUAAGAAACCUGAACACUUUGUAGUGAUUUGUGAUGAUGGUGGUAUAUUGCUAAAUGGUGAUGGUGUAGAGAGAGGAAUUAGGUGGUGA